AUGGUGUCAUCCAUUUAUGCUCUCGUCGGGGCGGUGGUCGCCUAUGGUGUCUACUCUUACGUCUCUGGCUUGCAGCGCAACAUAGCUGAGGCAAAGAAGUCUGGCUUGCCUUACGUGGUGUCUCCUAUUUCGCCAUUCUCGAUGCUUUGGCAGCUAACACACAAGCUCUGGCUACCCAUCAUUAAGACCCUUCCAAAGACAUGGUGGGAGGACUGGCUACAAGUCGCGAUUCCUAACUGGUCCUACGACCUCCUCCACGAACCCUUCGCACGCCACGGCGAGACAUUCAUGAUCGUUUCCCCGUUCCAGAUCCUCAUCCUAACCGACAGCGCCGAGGCGAUCCACCAAAUCACCCAGCAGCGCGAAAAGUUCCCCAAGCUCGUCGAGACGUACGCGAUCCUCAAGCAGUUCGGCGAGAACGUCCUGACCACCGAGGGCGCCGCCUGGCGCAUGCACCGCAAGGUCACCUCCGCCACCUUCAACGAGAAGAACGCCGCCCUCGUGUUCGCCGAGUCCAUCAAGCAGGCGCAGAGCAUGACGCAAAAGUGGCUCGGCGCGGACGGCAAGGGCACGAAGACGAUCGAGACGCUGGACCACGACACCAUGCGCCUCGCGCUCAACAUCAUCAGCUACGUGGGCUUCGGCAUGCGGCUGCUUUGGCCGGGGCAAGUGCUGCCUGCGGGGACGGACCCGAAGCUUACCAAGUACAGCUCUCUGGAGGCGCCGCCGGGACAUACGAUGAGCUUCGUGGAUGCGAUUGCCGAGAUGUUGGAGCAUAUUCUGGUCUUGUUGCUGGUUCCGAGGUGGCUCUUGAAGAGGCUUCCGUUCAAGUACACGAAGCUUGCGAUGGACUCGCACGACAACUAUGUGCAGUACAUCGACGAGUUGAUGCAAGAUAAGAUUGAGGACCUGCAAAAGGGCGAUCACGGGGACGCAGGCAUGGAUCUGAUGGGCCAGCUUGUGAGGUCAAAAUACGGCAACGAGGGAGAGAUCAAUGGAGGCGCCAACGGUAUCGUCAGCAAGGGUAAGGACUCGAAGAUCCCCCAGUUGUCAAAGUCAGAGAUUACCGGCAACGCCUUCAUCAUGCUUGUCGCGGGGCACGAGACGACAGCGAACGCCAUGCACUUUGGCUGCAUCGAGAUCGCCUGCAACCCGGCCGUCCAGCGACAGCUCCAGAAAGACAUUGACGGCAUCUUUGGCGACAGCGAUCCCAGCACGUGGAACUAUGACAGUACGGUCAACCCCAUGCUCGCGUCGAUGCUGGGCGCCUGCAUGAACGAGACGCUGCGCAUGACGCCGGCCGUGACGGAGAUCCCUAAGAAGGUCAACCCCGAAGGCGACGGCAUCGUGACCCUCGACGGCGAGAAGCACGCGCUGCCGCGGGGUGCCCACAUCUCCAUCGUCGGGGUGGCGGCGCACCGCAACCCGCGCAACUGGCCGUCGAAGCCGAGCAAGGUCACGGACGCGGUGCACGACCUGAAUGACUACGUCCCGGAGCGGUGGUACCGGCAGAACAUCAACGGGGAGCAGACGGAGGACAAGGGUGGUGACACGGAGGACUACGGGGGGUACAAGGGGUCCGACACCAGCGAGAAGAUGUUCCGGCCGGUGCGGGGAUCGUACGUGCCCUUCUCCGACGGCCCACGGUCGUGUCUGGGGCGGCGCAUUGCGCAGGUGGAGAUUAUCGCUGCGUUGUCUGUCAUUUUCCAGCGGUACAGUCUCGAGUUGGCGGUGGACGAGUGGGCUAGUGAUGCCGAGGUCGAGGCGAUGAGCCCGGCGGAGAGGGCCAAGUUGUAUAAGAAGGCGCAGGAUAAGUGCCGGCAGACGCUGAAGACUGCGAGCACGAUGUUGACGUUGAAGUUGCCGCAUGGGACGACUGUUCCGCUGAGGAUUGUGCCCAGGGGCAAGGAGAGGUUUCGCAAGAGCGACUUGGUCGAGCUCGCAGAGCUGACCGGACUUACUGGAUAUGAGAACCAGAAGAAGGUCGAUUUGGAGGCUACCCUCGAUGAGUACCUCACGGAAAACGCGUUCAAAUUCUCUACCGAGCCGAAGCUCACUCCCUACUACACGAGCCGCGCCAAGGCAGCCGGGUCACCCAUCAAGAGGGAGGCUCCUUCGUCGGAAGUUGUCAAGUCUGUGCGACGCAGGACUACGAGAGUCAUCGAGGAGAUCCGUCCCGAGCCUGAACCUGAAGAAGAGGAGGCUUCAUCAUCCAGCCCAGAGCCCGCCGCGGCCUCGACUGCCCUGGCUCUGCGUACGCCUGCCCGCAACCUCUCUCUCGCCAGCCGUAUUCCUCUGCCCGCAACCCCUGCCGACGUCGCGGAGGCUGUCGACCGCCACACAGUCGCCAUCCGGGAACGCGCCACAGAAUUGUACGACCAAUCUGGCAUCCAGGAGGGUACUCAGGCCGUUCGCUCCUCUCUGUCAACGGUCACCUCCAUCCUCUUCACCGUUGCUGCGUUCGAGGCGUGGAAUCUGCGCGCCGAGGUUCUACCCCUGCGCUAUGCCUUCACUAUCCCGGCUAUCCCCGCGCUAGGCACCAGCUUCUACCCAGUUUACGUGCCCGACGCGUUUCUGUUCGUGACUUCGUCUUUCUGGUCCCCGGUCUCCCUGUGGACCCUGACAUCCGUUCUCAUUCCGUCCUUGUUCGGCUACUUCUACAACUUGAGCGCGGCUAGCCACCCCCAGAGGCGCGAGGGCUCCGAACUCACAACAGUAGAGUACAAUGUCGAUCCCCUCGUCUUCAGCAUCGUAAAGGCUCUCAUUUCCUUCGUCGUUUACGGACAGAAGGUCACCUUUGGCGGCUGGAUUAACGAGAACUCGAUCGACCGCAUCAACGGUGCUUUGUACGGCGAAUGGAAGGGCAUCCUUACAGGCGCAGCCAUCACUGGCCUCGUGAGCUUGUACGACGCCGUCUUGAAGAAGUAG